AUCGUCAACGUUUUGCUUCUGACGUGGUACCCCGUCUGUCUCCUGUUUUGCGGUUUGUUCACACCGGGAGCAAACUUUACUUUUUUCUGUGAAAAAAGCGAUUUAUCUAGUCGAUUUAAGUGGAAAUUCGAACGGAUUUGUGCGCUGCGAUGAAACUGAUCGGUUUUGUGAUACUGCUGGGCAGUUGCCUGGUGUCGUCGGUUUGGACGUCGAGAGCUGUGUCGAAAUUCAUCACCGCGGCGGAACAGGACCGGUAUCAGAAAAUUUUUGCUGAUGGAUUGGCUUCGUCGGAUUUGCAGGCGGUUUACUUUUCCUCGUUGAACGUGGCCGAAAGAUCUCCGGAUGCUUGUGCCCGAUUGGACAAGGUGUACGCUGAGUCGAAGUACAAUGAUUUCGAGAAGAACUUCUACUUUUCGGGAUCGUGGAAGAACUUCGGAUGCAAAACGGAUCCGGCCAAGAUUAAGAAGUCUGUCGAGGGAGCUCUGCAAAAAGAUUCCAAUUCUGCUCAGGAAGUGUAUUUCAAUCUGCAUUCUGCGAAGUAUCUGGGAGUCACGGUAGAUCAGGCCACAAAAGCGCGUUUGGCCAAGAACCUACAAGCCAUUCUGAAGAAGGACGAUUCCCUGAACAGUCUUGGCCACACAUUCGCCGUGGCCGCUGAGUUGGGAACCAAUGGAGCCUUUGCCUAUGACCGUGUUGAAGAAGCUUUCGUUCAAGCGGAUGAAGUCGACGGAAAGAUGCUGCAGUUCGAAGGCGGUUUGAGCAUCACCGCUCUGAUUGUGAACAGUGCCUUCAAGUUGUCCACGGUUCUGAAUAAGCCAACGCCAAUCAACGCGGAACAAGCGGUCAAAUUUGCCUCGUACUUCCUGUCCCGUUCCUCCGUUCAAACACCUAAAGGAGUAAGCAUUCUGCUAGAAGCAUUGAACACUCUCUCAGCUCAGAAGAGCAUUGCCCCCAUCUGCAUUAAGCUGUCUGGAAAUGGACAACUACUUCCAGAAUCGCCUAUCUUGAUGGUUAAGGUCAGCGAUCUGUUGGGUAAGCCUCUGAGCCCAGCUCCGGCCGUUGUGAGCACCACUGUUACUUCGAAAACUACCAACCAGGCCCUCGUAAGCAAAGUGAAUCUUGUCCCAAGCAACACUGAUUUGAGCGUAUUCACGUACAAUUUGAAAUCCGCAAACCCUGCUCGUGGUCAAUACAAGGUCGAUGUCGAAACCGGUGCCUACAAACAGACCCUGAAGAUUAACGUCCUAGGAAAGGUCAAAGUUAGUUCGUUGGAAAUCGGCGUCGGAGAUUCGGACAGUGCAUCCGCCAUUAAAAAGCACUCGGUAACCUAUGCCAACAAGCUGGACACCGAACUGGCGGCUGACUCCCAACAGAAAAUCGUCCUCAAAGCUGUCCUUCUCGAUGAAUCCAGCGGAAAGCCAAUCAACGUGCACCAAGCUUUCGUCCUGCUCCGUAACAAAGCCACCAAAGAGGAAAUCAUUUUCGUUGCCGAAGCGGACUCGAGCAAAGCCUACAAGUUCGAAAUGGACGUCGGAGCCAGAAGCAAUGAUUUCGGCCACAAGAGCGGAGUCUACUCUGUUGAGCUGAUCGUAGGAGAUGCGCUGAUUUCCAACUCCUUCAGAUGGCUGGUGGCCGAUGUGAGCCUCAAGUUUACCGGAGAAGUCGCCAAAGAAACCGCCAACACCGUUCGCCAACCUCUGCCGGAGAUUGUCCAUCAAUUCCGUGUCCCCGAAAAACGCCCACCCCGCAUGGUGUCGGACUUGUUCACAGGUCUGUGCAUCGCACCACUCGUCCUGCUCUUCUUGCUGUGGGCCAAACUUCGGGUCAACAUCAGCAAUUUCCCGUUCUCGCUGAGUGCGAUCGGUUUCCACCUGGGGCUCGGAGCCAUCCUGGCCUUGUUCGGUGUGUUCUGGCUGAAGCUGAACAUGUUCGAAACCAUUCGGUACCUCAUUCCGUUGGCACUGUUCACCUUCCUCUGUGGCAAUCGGCUGCUGAGGGCAAUCGCCAACCGAAGCUCGGAGAAGUGAGCGGAGCGUGAUAUCCUUCAAUCUCUCUUUUUUCUAAUACAUUCGUCGUCUGUCUCAAUCCUAAAAUUGCGAUGCACCACUAAUCUGUCCUACUAACUGGACGUAAACGAGUUCAAACAUUCCCUCGAAUAUGAAGGCCAGAAGCAGCAGCACAAGAGAAGAGGGUCAAACCAAAUGGCACGAGUUGGAGUUGGUAAUAGCAGCAUUUCACAUCAUUCGUCCGGAAGGCAUUUUCAGUUUUAGUGGAAAUAAGUCGCGUGCCCCCGCGGAAAUAGUCUGAUAGCAAAACGCAAGGUAAGAAAGAAUUAAUUUAAGCCGUUCCGUCGUCCAAGAACAUCUCAUUUCUGGUCAUCCUAGUGUCUGUUAGGAGACGAGAAACUAACUAGUUUACGGAUGACGAGUUAUACUAAUCCGAUUGAAGUGCGAAUAAGUUGGAGUGAAAUAAACAGUGACAAACGGUAGAA